UGCACAUUUCAUGCAGCACCGCGUGUCAGCAAAAACAUGUGAGAUUGAUCCAUUGUUGCUCCCAGAGGAUCAGUGACUGAUGGUUGGCCUUUGGCGGUGGUAGCCCAGGAUUCACGUAGCUUCUGUGCAUUGUCUGAAACAGGGGCUGAAGACUGCCAAGGUCAGCGGCACGGUACGCCUACGUUACUUAUCUACCCGGGACAAUUUGUGGUGAUUGAUCAGCGUAUAGGCCGUGCGGAAGCCUGUGUGCACGCUCAAGAAUCGGCUGCUUCAAGCCUCCGACCAGUCGAAGACCAGGGAGAGUGAAGCCCCCGACCUCCAUGGUGUCCCUUCCGUCUACUGAGCAAUGAGCCUGGGCGCUGGCGGUGAAUGACUCUGUUUGUGCACGUCAAACCUCCAGCAGGAAAACACUGAGGGCUGAAUGAGGGCCUUAGGAAGGUCAAGCUGUAACAUGCCUCUGUCUGUCAUCCGUCUCAUCAGCAUAAUACUGCUGCUGGAAAAAACAAACCUCUGGUCUUUGCCACUGUCACACGUUCAGUGAAGUGUCUGGAUGUGGCUACUGAAAAGCACGGUUGUUUCAUAAACUCGGCAAUAUUUUUAAUUGUAUCUUUUUCAGACUUUUGACUGUGUAAUGCAAUGAAUGGUAUAGCCUUUACCUAGGGAGAGAUUUGCUCAUUUUCCUAUUCCCAUUGCCAGACCAUGAAAUGUGGACUUUGUUCCAUACCCGGGUGUGGGCCUGAGUAGUGUAUCUGUUUUAGCUGGGGGCGUCUGUUGACAUUUACAGGCACCGGGCCUAUUCAGGGACAUUUCUGGUGGCUCCAGAUUUCGUUUGUACCCGUGUGUUGAAUGUAAGUGUUGAUUUAACACCGUUUCUAAUUCUUAUGCGUUUCUUGGGCUUCUGGACGACCAAGCAACAUUUUAAACGAGUGUCAACCAAGAGCAAAGCCCCAUCUCCCCCAGUACCACUGAAGGGCCUGGAUAGUGCUGGCCUUUCGCAGAGACACUCUGUAGCAGGAUAUCCGCUGAUGGCCAUGGACCAGAAGGAGAAUCUUCUUGACGAGGACCUGACCCUGGUCGUGGUUCUGCCAGGCGGAGUGGAGAAGAUGACCACUGUCCACGGCAGUAAGCCCAUGAUGGAUUUGUUAGUGAUGCUUUGUGCUAAGUACCACCUGAACCCAUCAGGCCACACCAUAGAACUGGUCACCACUAACAGAAAUCACAUCAAGUUCAAACCCAACGCUCUGAUCGGGACCCUGGAGGCGGAACGGAUCCUGCUCAAGCCUAAAGGAAUCGAUGACAAGAAUAAGAAGCCUGGCCAUCAGAUGCCAGAGGCAACCGUCCGUCUGGUAAUAAACUAUAAAAAGACCCAGAAGACUAUUCUAAGAGUCAGCCCUCGGGUCCCUCUUGAAGACCUCUUACCAGCUAUUUGUGAGAAAUGUGAAUUUGACCAACAGAGCACUGUUUUAUUGAGAGAUGCCCAAUCGGAGGAUCCGUUGGAUUUGACAUGUACACUAAAUGACUUUGCAAUAAGGGAGGUCUAUGCAAGAGACUCAAAAGCCAUGUACUCCGCGGACACACCUGUCUCUCCUACCACCCCUACAACUCCGACACCUCUGGGUUAUUCAGACACCAUUCCACGCAGUAAAGACAAAAUCCAGAAGGAGAAGGAAAACAAGGGAUUGUUCAGUCUAUUCAGGAGAAGUAAGAAGAAAUCGGAGCAGGGGAGGACUGCCAGUGCCCCGGCGUCCCCGGUCUUCCCAAACAAGCCUAGACCUCUCAGUAUGAGCUCGAUCAGCGCCCACUCCUCCACCUUUAACUGCAGCACCAUGCAGUCUGACACGCCAAAAAAAAGACGGGCUCCUCUGCCCCCCAUGCAGGGGUCCCAGAGCUGCCCCUCUAACCUCAGCCAUCGGCAGAGACCCAUCUCCGCCUCGGAGUCCGAGACCCAAAUGGACGGCGACCAGAUGGCUGGUCUGAGUCGCAGCUCCGAAUCUUCUUUGAAGAGGACAAAGCGCAAGGCUCCACCGCCACCCUCCUCUCCUGGAGUGCUUGUCCAAGAUGAACCUUCGCUAGAUGGAGAUGGCCAACCUCUCAAUACACUGGAAGAGAUUGUGGAGCAGGAAGAGACAACAGCCUCUGUGGUCCUGGACUCCACAAGUGAUGACUAUGGGGAUGACAGCAGCCUCAACCUGUCAGCAGACAUCUCCUUGGACUCUAAAAUAAUAGAGGCGGGGUCUCCGCACCUGGAUGCCCCGGACGCAAAGAUGGACACUUCCCAACCGUCUGAGAGCAGGGACACCGCAGGGGAAGAUCAGUCUUGUGAUCUGUCCUCAGAUGGCAAACUAGUGAAGAGCACAUUGAACAACACUGAUUGCCCGCAUCCGAUGCUAAGAGCUGAGAUGGACACAUCUGAACACGCAGAGGCCGGUUCAAAAAUCCCUCCAUGUAAAGCUGUGGAAAUGGGUGUCCAGACAUGCUUGCCAUGUGAAGAUUCAGCAACACAGGAUAGGGUCAAAGAUCAAAUCAGUACUGCCAGCUCUCCAACCAUUAGCCCACCACCAGCCCAGUGGGGGCAGACAGAAUCACAGGAAGCGGAUCCACUGGGCACUAACCUCUCCCGUGGUCAACAUCCUGCGGCCGCCAGUAGCCCUUCUGAAGAUGCCCAGGUCCAGACUGAUCUCACGCCGCCAUGUCUAGUGUCACCGCCUCAACAACAGGAAGUGCCCCUCCCUGCUAAAGCCUUUAGUUUUGGACCGGUGAGCCAGAAGAGAGACAUGGCCACAUCCACCGAGCUGAUCCCUGCUGACCCCACCGAAGCCAAGUUCUCUUCUGCCUCAGUAGCGCCUCAGUGCCAAAAGUCCACUCAAAGUGCCCCGGCCCCUCCGAAGCCAUCCAACGAGUUGACCAGGGACUACAUCCCCAAGGUGGGAAUGACUACGUACACCAUUGUGCCCCAGAAGACUCUGGAGAAACUGCGAUAUUUUGAGGUGGCGCUGACGUUGGAGUCCCCACUCGUAGCCAAAGGGAAGGAAGUAGAUAUUGGUUCAAUUGGCCUCCAAGACUGUUCCUCACAGGCUGGGCUGUUACAGGUCACCGCAGAACCAAAACCUUUGCAGUCUUCUAUACCUAGGGAAUAUCCUCAGCCAAUCAACAGCACUGCUACUACUGUUAUUACUACUAAUACUAAUACUACUACUGCUAGUGAGAGCACUGUAAAUGGCAAUGAGAUUGAGCCUGUAAACUCCCCCUCAACACCAACAACUAAACUUCCUGUAGGAGAUGUCCAGAUUCCACCCCCCCCUAGUGGAGACCAAGCAGGCUCCACAGCAGAGGUCAAAGAGAGGAGGAUUCCACCCGCAAUAAAACCGAAGCCUGGCUCUUUCCGUUUGCCACAGCACAAACGAACACCUGGCUAUUAUGUAACGUCAGCUGCAGUGAAAAGUUUGAGCACCAGUCCUGGCCAGAGGGAGGCUCCAGGCAGUCUGGUGACAGCAACAGGAGCAGCAGCCACGCAGGUCCUGCAGCCUGUGGAGGAGGGAAGCUUCCCCCCUCCUCCUCCGCCAGUGCAUUGGGAGAGCGAGACGUCAGAGGGCGCUGAUGUAGUUGCAGUGGAGCUGGGGCCUGAGGAGAGGGGGAACAGGAGAGGUCUGUCCCCAGGGUCCAGUCCCACCGGACCUCCCCUAUCCCCAGGCCUGACCCUGGAGAAGCUGAGGGGUUUCACCACUCCGAAACCCUACACUCCUACCACCCCGUCCCGCUUUGCCCAGGCCGUCUCCUCUGCCGUCCGACGAUCCCAGUCCCUUUCAUCUGGAUCCACCUCGCCCUCUCCUCUAUCGCCAACAUUCAACCCAAUCACAAGCCGCUUUUCACUUGUUGAUCCUAAAGGACCGCAGGGGCCUAAGGAUAGAGAGGAGGACAAUGGCUUGGAGCUCCAGGCAGAAGGGAACCUGAAUGGUGGCCUGGCUAGGGACAACAUGACUGUUCAGAUGGCAGGCCAUAAUGAUUCUUCUGAGCAGCGCACAUGCGGAGAAAAACUGAAACGAAACGGAGCUACAGGCACAGAGCCUGAUGUCUUCCCUUGAGUGUGUUGUCUGAACCCAGCAAAGAGGAAUAGGAACAGUGUUUCAUAGUUUAAUCUCUGAUGAUAGUCUUAAAAAAGACUCUGUUUUAUGAAAAAUUACUGUAAGUAGAUGUUCUCCACACAUCUGGAUAUUAUGUAAUAAUUGUAUGUAUUAUUCCUGAGUUGUUAUACAUUUUAUGCAUAAUGGACUCUUCAGGUUUCUAAUUUUGUCAAAUAAUAUGUAUAUUAUUAGUUUAAAUAAUGAGUUGUAAUUUUCUUUGAGGAAAUACAGUAGCCUAUAUAGCGCUGUAUAUAUAAUAUUGAAAGGGGCAAUUGGACUGACUUGAAAAUGGUACUUAUAAAUCCAUUAGUCCAUUUUGUAUUUUAUGUUACUAUUUGUUUUUGAUGAAGCUGUGCCUGACAUACACUGGUAUGUGUUUUUCUGAUGUAAUGCUGUUAUGAAUUAGUUACAUUCACAAUACAUUAAACUAUUACACUGACAGUGCAAGACUUUUUUUGUUUUAAGAAAUUGUAAACACAGAAUAGCAAACAAAUCAGAUGUUGUAUUACCAGUAGGGUAACAUGGGGAAGACACUCCCCACCCACAAUUCUCUAAAUAAAUUAAAAAAAAUACA